ACUCUGAAACCAGACAACCAGCAUUUGUGCUCAGUUGAGGAAUCUGUAUCGAACCAAUUAAAAUUUUCUUCUCACAAGACAGUCUUUCAUGAGUUGCUGGGUGCUGGCUCAUUUGUGAUCUCACACUAUACUGCCUCUGCUCAUAUAUCACUGCUCGUUUCAUUGUUCGUCACUGCAUUUUAUAUUUAAUUUAAACCACUGGUGUGCAAUACCACAAGACACACUUCAGAUGAACAGACUUGAACAUAUCAGGGGUCAUAUUGUUUCAGCAGAUAAGAUUCUGCCACAGAAUAUGAACAUAGCUGCUAUCCUGCCAAGCCCCCUCACAACUCAUGUGCUGAAUAUAGACCAUGGAGUUCCUGGAGCCAACAUGACCAUUAGCCUCCAUCACCUAAACCCCAUCUCAUCAGAGUGGAAUUUACUCACAACACGGAUAACUAAUGAUGAUGGACGGUGUCCUGGGUUAAUCAGCAAAGAAAGCUUCAUUGCCGGUGUGUAUAAAAUGCAUUUUGAGACUGGAAAAUACUGGGAUGCUUUGGGGGAGACAUGCUUCUAUCCAUAUGUUGAGGUUGUCUUCACCAUUACUGAUCCUUUACAGAAGUACCAUGUUCCUCUGCUUCUGAGCCGUUUCUCUUAUAGUACAUAUAGAGGAAGUUAGAUGUAAAGUUAAUGCAUCUUUCAGUGCCUAUGCACAAGUAAAUGUUUUCUCUACUGUGGUAACACUUCAUAAUAGUGUUCAGUUUUUGUCGAUAAUGAGUUAAUAAUCUACUAAACAUUAAUACAUAUUUGUAGAUGAUUAAAAUAAUGUCUUAACUUACAAAUUUGUUGUCAUAAAAUUGUUUUUGUAAAUCUUAAAAUCAUUACAAACUAAUAAUUAUUAAAUGCAUAAUUUGAAGAUAUAUUAUGAAUCACUUAUUUCACUUGGUAUCUUGAAAUUGGAAUUGGUAUCUUGAUAAACACUGGUUGAUCAUGAACAAAUAAUGACCAAAUCCCUAGUAAAUAAUCAGUAGCCUGUAAAAUUUGUUGAACAUAAUUACAAUUUGUAUCAUUAAGUACUUGUCUGUUACACUGUAACAAAAUGCUGUAAAACCAGUCAAAUAAUGUUUUCCAUUAAAAAAAGUACUAUACUGUGAAAAACAGUGCAUUCUGUUUCCUAUAAAGAUAUUUACUGUGAUGUAUUGUGAAUCAACACCACUGUGGGUGUAUACAAUA